UCCGCCGUGGCUGGUGAACUGGGGGCUCUGAGCUGGGACAGAGGUGAGUCCGGGCUGUGGCGGUGAACUGGGGGCUCUGAGGCUGGGACAGAGGUGAGUCCGGGCUGUGGCUGUGAAGUAGGGGCUCUGAGGCUAGGAUAGAGGUGAGUCUGGGCCGUGGUGUGAGCUGGGGGCACUGAGCUGGGACAGAGGUGAGUCUGGGCCGUGGUGUGAGCUGGCACCCCAGUUGCUGGUGGCUUUCCCCAGCUGACAUUGACCAGCAUUGGGUGUGCAGUGUGACUGGCUCUGAUUUGUGCUGCUUAGUUUGAGACAAUUUGAAUGGAGCCACUGCUGCAGAGAGACCUCCUUCUGAAGCAUCACAGUGGGCCCGGCUGACCCUGACCCAGCGCAGGACACCCCUCUUGGAGUCUGGGGCUCUUGGCUGUGGGCUGGAGAUGACAGUGGUGGCUGCCAAGGGUGGUGGGAGUGGUCAGCGCCGAGCGUGUGAUUUCAGACCCAGUGAGCCAGAUGGGCACAGCCUUUAGCUGGUGUGUUGUGUCCCCUGGCCUGGAACAGCCCCAUGGGUGGGUGGCACCUAUCAGGACCUGUGCACAGACCCUGCCUGGAUUUGGUCUGCCCCGUCUCCUGGACCUGGCAGCAACAGGGCUGUGCCUGGUGACGGGAAGGCUCCGAGCCAGGCCGGGUGGCCCACUGUGCGCGUAGCUGCUGUGUUGGUGGCGCCUUUGCCCUGGCCCUCGUUCAGGAAGAUGCUGGCUUUUGGGCUCUAGGGAAGUGCCUAUUGGUUUCUGUUGAGAGCAGUUGUAUGUGCACAUUUUAAGUGUGGAACGCAGGUAUUGAACCGUGUUGAAACCUUUCCAGCAUUGGCAGAAGUGUGCGUGUGAGUCUCCUUUGCCCUCUUACUUUACUGGCAGGUGGUGUGGCCUGAGUGGCCGGCGGUCCUUCCGAUGGGGCGGCCCACGUGCCUCCCACGUGCCAGGAUUUUGGGGCAGAUGCUUGUGAACGCUGCUGCCUAUGGGUUACCUUCAUUGGUGGAGGUGAGGCCUCAGCUUUGGCGUCCUGUCCAUCCUUAAUCCUUGCCUAGGAGCAGUCUGUGGGCCCCAGAAGACUGGCCGGAAGCUGGAGCUGGGCGGCAGCUGAGGACGCGCACCUUGGAGGUUGUGUGGAGGUUCCAUCACUGCUGUCUUAAUUCCCAGGCACUCUUCUUUUUCUCUGGAAGUUCCUUUUUAAGGGUGUCCUGGUCUUCAUGGAGGUGCUGUGUCACUCCGAGGGCUGAGGGCUGCUGCUGAGGAAGUCCUUACCCUCCCACCUAGGGCUCUUCUCCAAGUUGCUGGUUUUGCUUGUUUGCCGCUUGUCUGUUUUGGCCUUUGUUGGGUCUGAACUAGGUGGCCUUGGCAGCUCCUCACACCCAACAGUGGGAGCCUGAGAAGGGUCAAAGCUGGGGCAGGUUGGGGACACGCUGGGCGCAGGACCACCUUGCUGGGCACUUCGGCCCGUUGGUGUCUGUUGGGAGCAGCCCUGGGGCAGCCCCGCAGCCUCUGCCGGCAGUACAGACAGAGCUGCCCAUUCCUGGGGCUGGAGAGCUCAGGGCCUGAAAGACCCCCCGAGCCCUCGCCCUUCCUCUGCCGGCCCCUUGCUGUCAGCAGACCAGGUGCAGACCCUGGUAGGCUUCCUUUGCCCCAGCUUCAGUGCAGAGCGCUUGCCCAGCUGGCUGGCGGGAGUGGGAGGGGUGUUUGGCCACUUGGAGCAGAAGGGGGUGGGUAGUCCGGGUUUCUGCAUUCCUGGCUUGAUACUGGCUUUCCAGCAGCUUCCCAGCUUCCAGAAUGUCCUUGCCAUCAUCUCCCAUCCUAUUUCCCCUUUUUUGGAGCAGGAGACUGGGGUGGCCUAUCCUCUUCUUUCAGUUGAGGCUUCCAGGGGGCGAGAUGGGUCUAACAUGUGCCUUUGCCUUUAGCCAGAAGACCACCAUGAUCAGAUUUUCCAGAAAAGAACUUGCAUGGUAGUUUUGAAAAUGGGAGGGUGUUUGUGAGGCAGGAUAUCAGAAAUACUUUAUACACAGGGGACCUGGCACGUAACAGAAACACCAACAAAAUGAUUUUGCGUAUAAUCACAUGGUGAUUUCUCUCUUCUGAGAAACAGGCACACAUCCUGAAGAGCCUGUGGCACAGACUCCUCAUCUGUAAGGAAAGUGGAGACAUGACCUUGAGAUUUGGCUCAGAACUAGCAAUGCCGGGGCCUUCGAGAGUCUGAUGUUCCAGCACUCCAGUGCCUGUUGGUGUGGACGGAGGACACGGGGCCCCAACCAUGGUCACACUCAUCACUGAGAAGCUACAGAGCCAGAGCCUGGAUGACCUCACCUGCAAGACUGAGGCUGGUCCGUAUUCUGCCGAAACCCUGAACAACAGCGGUCGUCUGUUCCCUUUGGAGCUCAAUGACCAGAGUCCCUGGAAGGUCUUAAGUGGAGGACGGCCUGUUGGAAGCCGGGCAGCCCCGAGACCUGAUUUCUGCUUCCUGCCAGGCCUGUCUGCUGCUGCUCACACCAUGGGUCUUCAGUGGCGACCAGAGUCCCCGGGCCCAGGUGUGGGCCUAGGCGCAGCCAGCACUGUGGACCCCAGUGAAAGUACAGGCUCGUCCACGGCCCCACCGACCAAGCGACAUUGCCGGUCCUUGUCAGAACCUGAGGAGCUGGUGCGCUGCCGGUCCCCCUGGCGCCCUGGCAGCUCCACGGUCUGGACUCCAGUCUCCAAGAGGCGGUGCAACAGCGGUGGGAGCGCAACACUGCAGGGAAGCCCCGGCGCCGUCCUGCCGAGGAGUGCCGUGUGGUUGACCGGUCCCACCUCACCCGCCACGCCCCGGCCGUCCUCGGCCAGCAGCGGCUUCGUGGACAGCAGCGAGGGCAGUGCAGGCUCAGGCCUGCCCUGGUGUUCCGCAGAGCCCUACUUGCUCUCUGUGAGGCGACGCCUGUCCCUCUCACAGGAGCAACUCGCAGGUGUGGGCACUCCCCUGCCCUCGGCCAGCAGCAGCCCCACGUCCACACCUGAGCUGGGCCGGCACCGUGGGCUGCUCCGGUGCCGCUCACAGCCCUGCGUGCUCAGUGGGAAGAGGAGCCGGCGCAAACGGAGGCGUGAGGAGGACGCCAGGUGGACACGCCCAUCCUUGGACUUCCUAAAAAUGACCCGGACUUUAAAAAAUUCAAAAAGCCUUUGCUCCCUCAAUUACGAAGAUGACGAUGAGGAUGACGCCCCAGUGAAGAUGGUUCUGUCCUCCCCGUGUGAAUCCCGGGGCCUCCCUGGCAUCACCAUGCCUGGCUGCAGCCAGAGGGGCCUCAGGACCAGCCCUGCCCACCCCAACCUGUGGGCCUCAAGGGAGUCGGUGACCGGUGAUGGCUCGAGCAGGAGCAACGGGGACCCCAGUGAUGGGGACAGCGCUGGGGAGGAGGGUGUCUUCCUCCAGGCCCGCGGGGAGCUGGACCUGGAGCAGAUCGAGAACAACUGAGGCCGGCGGGGGCUGGUUUGGGCCACUGCUGCCGCCUGCACCUGCCCUGGGGCACAGAGUAGGUUUCAUGUGACUUGGAACAUUGAGGCAUAAUUUUGAUUCAGUUUUUCCUAAAGAAGUAUUUUGCAUUUUUAUGGCUUUUGCAGUUCGGGAGAAAGCUUCUCUAUUUUGGAUGCAUUUCAGAAGGGCAUUUUAUUAAACAUGAAUCUGCAAACAGAUUAACACGGGUCUGU